UUUUUUCCCUGGGAACCAGACGCGCGACCCCCGUCCCAGAGCGACGAUGCUCCCGCACAGCGAGGCGGUGGUAGCGGCUUCUGCUUCGGCCUUCCUCCUCCUCCUCCUCUGCGCGGUGGCGGAGGCCCAGUACGAGAAGUACAGCUUCAAGAGUUUCCCCGCCGAGGACGUAGUGCCGCUGGACGCCGCCUACAACCACGCGCUGGAACAGUACGCGGCGCACAACUGGGCGGAGAGCAUCAAGUACUUGGAGUUCAGCCUCAGGCUCCACCGGCUGCUGCGGGACAGCGAGACGUAUUGCGGCCGCAACUGCAGCACCGUGAGCCGGGCGAAGGACGAGGAGGACGACGGCAGCCUGCGCGUCGUGCGCCACAUCCUGCUGAGGGCGGCUUGCUUGAAGAAGUGCAAGGCGAACUUUCCGGUGUUUACACUCGCACACCCGCGGAGGGACGUGCUGGAGAGCUUCGAGAAAAGAACCCCUUAUCGAUACAUCCAGUAUGCCUACUACCAGCUCAACAACGUGGAGAAGGCGGUGUCCGCGGCCCACACCUUCCUGAAAAAGAACCCCGAUGACCCUCCCCUCAAAAAAAACAUGAAGCACUACAAGACGCUGAUGGACGUGGACGAGUAUCUCAUCGACCACGAGGAGCAGCCCUACGAGAGUGUGUUUGUGAAGAGUGUGACGCUCUACAACAACGGAGACUUCAGCAGCAGCGCUCGCCACAUGGAGAGCGCCAUCAGCGCCUACAUGGACGUCUACGCGCUGUGCCUGGACGGCUGUGACGGCUCUUACGAGAUUUUAGAGUUCAAGGAUUUCUAUCCCACGCUGGCAGAUCUGUACUUGGAGGCGCUGAAAUGCAAGGUGGGCUGUGAGGGGCGUUUGACCCCCAGCGUUGGCGGCUUCUUCGUGGACAAGUUUGUGGCCACCAUGUAUCACUACCUCCAGUUUUCUUAUUACAAACUAAACGACGUGAAGGCCGCCGCCCCGUGCGCCGCCAGCUACAUGCUCUUUGACCCCGACGACCAGGUGAUGCGGCAGAACGUGGACUACUACGGCUUCUACCGGGAGCAGUGGGGCCUGCAAGAGACCGACUUCCAGCCGCGGCCUGAAGCGUUGGUGUACUUCAAGCGGACCACCAAGCAGAAGGAGAUGCUGCAGUUUGCGCUCAACUACCUUCAAACAGACGAGGAGGGCGAGGUGAGUGCCGAGCAGGCCGACGCCUCCCGAGCGCAGCAUCCCGACGUGGAGUUUGAGGGUGUGGGCGACUACGAGGAGUCCAUCCUGUCCGAGUGGUGGCAGGAGCCUAAAACUAAAUGGGACACGGGCGAGGUGGCGGAAUGACCUUUGACCCGCGCUCAGGGUGAAGCCUGAAGAAGAAAGAGGAGGAAGUCAUUGUGUUGAUUUAAG